AUGGCGAAGAUUGGCUCCUUCGGUGUAUUGGCCUUGGUAGUGAUGGCCAAGGCCAUGAAACUUGGUGAUGUUUGCACAUACUCUCAUGCCCAAGAGGCCGUACCGAGCUGGAAUUUGCUUCCAGGUAUCAAUAUGACUGACUCGAUCGUUACCGCCACCCCUGUUUACAACACCUCGGUUUCCAAUGAGCCGUACUAUCCUGAUGCGACAUUCGACUAUUGCAACGUGACGAUGACCUACUCCCAUGACGGCAAGGACGAUCAAGUUCUGCUCAAUUUCUGGCUUCCUCCGCCCGAAAAUUUCAAAAAUCGCUGGGUGUCCACAGGCGGCUUUGGCUUUGCAAUCAAUGUCGAAUCAACCCUCCCUGGUGGUAUCAUUUAUGGUGCAGCCACUGGAAGAACGGACGGGGGCUUUGGAGGAUUCGAUACUUCGUUCGACGAUGUGUUUCCUCUGAUGAAUGGGACCUCCAAUCUGGAUGCGCUGUACAUGUUCGGAUACCAGGCUCACCAUGAGAUGUCCUCCAUUGGUAAAGCUUUUACCAAACGUUUCUACGGUAUGACUCACUCGAGCAAACUAUAUGCAUACUACCAAGGCUGCUCGGAGGGUGGUCGCGAAGGUUUCAGCCAAGUACAGCGCUUCCCUGAGGAGUGGGACGGUGCCGUCAUCGGCGCCCCUGCUAUUCGCUACGGUCAGCAACAGGUCAAUCACUUGUUCCCGCAGGUGGCUCAAAAGACUGUGGGCUAUAUCCCACCGUAUUGUGAGCUUCAAAAGAUUGUCAACCUCACAAUUUCUGCCUGUGAUUCUCUUGACGGAAAGAAGGACGGCGUUGUCAGUCGGACAGACCUUUGCAAGCUUCAUUUUGACUUCGACUCGACUAUCGGAAAAAGUUACAACUGUGCUGCUACCUCCGCAGUCAAUAUGAAGAAGAGACAGAUGCCCGCUCCCGCCACCCCUACUCAAAAUGGAACAGUCACGGCCGAAGGCGCUGCUCUUGCAAGGACAAUCUACAAUGGCCUUCAUGACAGUGAUGGUCGCCGUGCAUACUUUUGGUACCAGCUUGGGUCGGAGAUGUCGGAUGCUGAAACGCAAUAUGACUUUGCCUCCGGAAAAUGGGAAAUCGAUAUCUCGGAGCUCGGCGGCGAGUGGGUGACACGCGGCCUGCAGCUUCUGGAGCUGGAUAAUCUCUCAUCGCUCGAAGAUGUCACCUACAACACCUUACGGGACUGGAUGCUGGAGGGCUGGCAGCGCUAUGAAGACGUCUUGCAAACCACUUGGCCCGAUUUCCAUCCAUUUGAAGCAGCUGGUGGGAAGAUCAUUUCCUAUCACGGGGAGUCAGAUAACAGCAUCCCCCCUGCCUCCUCCGUUCGCUUCCUUGAGUCUGUUCGGUCCAUCAUGUACUCAAACCUAACCUUCCAAGAAAGUACCGUUGCAUUGAAUGACUGGUUUCGAUUGUUCCUGGUGCCGGGUGCCUCACACUGCAAUACAAACAGUCUUCAACCGAAUGCCCCGUUCCCGCAAACCAGUCUCGGGUCACUUAUCGAUUGGGUUGAACACAAGGAGAUUCCCUCCACUCUUAAUUCCACUGUUCUAAGUGGUGAGAACAUGGGCGAUCACCAGCAACUGUGUGCGUGGCCGUUGCGCCCUCUUUGGAAGAACAAUGGCACGAUCAUGGACUGCGUCUUUCAUCAGCAGUCCUUUGAUACUUGGCUCUAUGACCUCGAUGCGUACACAUUGCCGGUUUAUUAA